AUGGCUUUCAAACAAGUAGCGUUUGUAUUGGUUUUGCUUUCGGUGUCCAGGUCUAAAGCUACAAAUAUAUCGAAAGAUGAUGACAUUGAUUUGGAAGAGCAACUCAAGCUUCUAAACAAGCCGCCGAUCAAGACAUUCCUGACUGAGGAAGGAGAUAUUAUUGAUUGUAUUGACAUUGACAAACAACCGGCGAUCGAUCAUCCUUUACUUAAGAAUCACAAAAUUCAGAGAAAACCCAAAUUGCCUCUCAGUAACUUCUCCAAAACUUCCUCUGCUACCAAGUAUAUACAAUUUCGAUCAAGAAAACCUUGUCCAAUUGGAACAGUUCCUAUCCAACGAAUCAAAAAGGAAGAUUUGAUAAGGACAAGAUCCCUUCCUAAAAUGCCUUCUGUGAAUAUGGUCGAAAUUGAAGAUGCACCGCCUUCCGGGCAACAUCGAGUCUUCCUGAGCCACGAUCACACUUAUCUCAUAAAGUAUGGUGCUAGCGGAUACAUCUCUGUCUACAAUAUAAGCACAGCUCUAGAUCAAUUUAGUUCACAUAAUAUAUGGAUUGAGACCGGACCUCCUGAUCAUAUUAGCAUGAUCGUAGCCGGUUGGCGGGUCGAUCCAUUGCUGAAUGCCGAUGGUCUAACUCGACUGUUUACAUAUUGGACGGGAGAUGGUUUCCGCGAUGGUUGCUACAACACAUUCUGCCAAGGUUUUGUUCAGGACAUAGCGACUGGGAAUUGGUGGCUUCGCGUUCAUGACCCGCCGAUCAACGUGGGCUACUGGCCAAAGGAGUUAUUCGUGAAUUUACGCAAUGGCUCACUGCAUGCGGCGUGGGGAGGAGUCGCUAAAGAAGGCACAAAUGGGUAUUGCCCGCCCAUGGGCAAUGGUCAUAUGCCGGAUGUGUAUACUGAUAAAGCAGCGUAUUUCAGAAAGGUCCAAUGGAUGAAUGCAAAUGGAGAGAGUUUUCAUCCUUACAAAAAUUUGCCCAAGGUGGUGGACACGCCCAGUUGUUAUAAUCUGCUGAAUCUGAAACUUAUGCGAGAUCCAUGGGGUUAUCUUUUCACCUUCGGAGGUCCAGGAGGAUACUGCAGAGCAUGA